AAUCACCAUGCUUCCAUACAAAUACAUCUCCAAAACAAAAAUGUUGGUCGUUCCCUCUUCUUCUCAUUGCUUUGUUUCGGGGAGCUGGAGAAUCAAAGCUACGAUCAUGUCUGAUACUACAACAACAUUCGCUUCCAUCAAACCCUCCGACUCCGACCCCACAUCUGGCGCUUCAGCUUCCCAACCAGUUCAUGUCUACGUCCGAAGAAACAAAAAAGCCAAAGGAAUCACCACCACCACCACCACCAACAUGACAAAACUUCAACAAAAUCAACAUCUUCCUUCAACACAGACUCAUAAAAAGUUUGGUUUGCCUGAAAUUGAAGACUUUGCAUAUAAAGGAUCAAAUGAAUUGACUCAGUGCUUAAAAUCAGAAAUGAGCUUAGAUGUGACUCCAACUGAAAUUGAAGUUGCUUCCACAACACAUAGCAUUAAAUCACCUGCACACUGGGAAGAGACACUUGAGGGUAUUCGCAAAAUGAGGUGUUCUGGAGAUGCACCAGUAGACACUAUGGGAUGUGAGAAAGCUGGUUCUACACUACCUCCUAAGGAAAGGCGAUUUGCUGUCCUGGUAUCUUCUCUUUUAUCAAGCCAAACCAAGGAUCAUAUCAAUCAUGGGGCAAUCCAACGUCUUCUUCAAAACGAUCUGCUUACUCCUGAUGCAAUCAACAAUGCUGAUGAAGAAACCAUAAAAAAGUUGAUUUACCCAGUUGGAUUUUAUACGAGAAAAGCCACUAACUUGAAAAAAAUUGCACAUAUUUGUCUCAUGAAGUAUGGUGGAGACAUACCUAGCAAAAUCGAGCAACUACUACAACUUCCAGGCAUAGGUCCUAAGAUGGCUCAUUUGGUUAUGAAUGUUGCAUGGAACGAUGUCCAAGGGAUAUGUGUAGAUACUCAUGUCCACCGCAUUUGCAAUCGGCUAGGCUGGGUGUCAAAAUUGGGCACGAAACAGAAAACUUUGACACCUGAAGAGACAAGAGUGUCACUGCAACUGUGGCUUCCAAGGGAAGAAUGGGAUCCAAUUAAUCCUCUAUUGGUAUGGUUGGAUUUGGACAGACAAUUUGUACACCACUAAGACCUCGCUGUGGAGAAUGUAGUAUAAGUCACUUGUGUCCAUCCGCGUUCAAGGAGGCCGCAGGUUCAAGUCCAGUUUCCAAAUCCACCAAGUCUGGAAGGAACAAAAAGCGCUAACAGAGGGGAAAACUUUCCUCGCUCCAAACAUGAGUUCAGAUGUACAUAUCUGACAAAACUUCUAAUUUUGUACCAUCCAAAACUACACUUUUAGAAAGUAACACCCUUAACAAAUUGGAUUAGAUUUGGGUUUGGUUUUGUUGUUGUUAGUCAUCUUGCUCUAUUUUCGCAUGUACAUACAAGUAUGCAUGCGUAUGCGAUUAAAUUAUUAUUAAUUAGGCUCACAUUGUACACAGCUAAACAUCUGGAGAUGUGUAUUAAUUUUGUAGAAGGAACAAAAAUGCUCAUAUGCAACCUUGGAUGUUGAAACUUGGUCUGAAUUUGAAUGUCAAUUGUGUUGAAAGUACCAUCA